GGGAACCGGACGACUGGGGUGCUCCUCAAGAGCCGCUCGGCGAGCUGGGAGAGCCUGCGCCCCCGCACCCGGGCCCCCGCCCCCUCGCGGUCUCCGCCUCCUUGCCUCACACACCCCCAGGGCCGCCGGAGCCCAGGCCUUCUCGGCGCUUCUCCUCCUUCUCUUCACACUCACCCUCGGACCCGGUUGUCCUGCUAUCCGCCGGCCUUGCUCCCUCCGGGGCGAGUCCUCGUUCUCAGGCUCUCCUUAAACACACAAGCACACCCCGCUCGCUGGGCGGCCUUCUCCUCUUGGCUCUCCUCCUCCCCUCCUCACUUACGCCGCCGUCGGAGGAAGAUUGAUGUCCCUUCAGCAUCAUGCAGCCGCCGCCGAGGAAGGUGAAAGUUACACAAGAACUGAAAAACAUUCAAGUUGAGCAGAUGACAAAACUUCAAGCCAAACAUCAAGCAGAAUGUGAUUUGCUUGAAGAUAUGAGGACAUUCAGUCAGAAGAAGGCUGCUAUUGAAAGAGAGUAUGCACAGGGGGGCUUCCCUGGUGGCGCAGUGGUUGAGAGUCCGCCUGCUGAUGCAGGGGACACGGGUUCGUGCCCCAGUCCAGGAAGAUCCCACGUGCCGCGGAGCGGCUGGACGCGUGAGCCAUGGCCGCUGAGCCUGCGCGUCCAGAGCCUGUGCUCCGCAAUGGGAGAGGCCACAAAAGGUAUCCAGAAGUUGGCUAGUCAAUAUCUGAAGAGAGAUUGGCCUGGAAUAAAAGCUGAUGAUCGGAAUGAUUACAGGAGCAUGUAUCCUGUUUGGAAAUCUUUUCUCGAGGGAACAAUGCAGGUAGCCCAGUCUCGGAUCAAUAUAUGUGAAAACUAUAAAAACUUCAUUUCUGAGCCUGCAAGGACAGUGAAAAGCCUAAAAGAACAGCAACUAAAAAGGUGUGUGGACCAGUUGACAAAGAUCCAAACUGAAUUGCAAGAGACAGUGAAAGAUUUAGCUAAAGGCAAAAAGAAGUACUUUGAGACUGAACAGAUGGCUCACGCAGUACGAGAGAAAGCUGACAUCGAGGCAAAAUCUAAACUUAGUCUUUUUCAAUCAAGAAUCAGUUUACAGAAGGCAAGUGUAAAGUUAAAAGCCCGGCGAUCGGAGUGUAAUUCCAAAGCUACCCAUGCAAGGAAUGAUUAUCUUCUUACAUUAGCGGCAGCAAAUGCACACCAGGAUCGCUACUAUCAAACAGAUUUAGUUAACAUUAUGAAGGCUCUUGAUGGAAAUGUAUAUGACCACCUCAAGGAUUAUUUAAUAGCCUUCAGCCGGACGGAGCUAGAGACAUGCCAAGCUGUGCAGAACACAUUCCAGUUUUUAUUAGAAACCUCCAGCAAGGUGGUACGAGACUAUAAUCUUCAGCUGUUUUUACAAGAGAAUGCUGUAUUUCACAAACCCCAGCCCUUCCAGUUCCAGCCUUGUGACAGUGAUACUAGUUUAAAAGCUGCCCAGCUGGUGGAUAUUGAGCUCUCCCCUGUCAGUGCUCUGAGAAUGACCAUAGCUGAGAGCCGACAGUUAGAAUCAGAAACUGGGACCACAGAGGAGCACAGUUUAAACAAAGAGGCUCGGAAAUGGGCCACACGUGUGGCACGGGAGCACAAAAAUAUUGUUCACCAACAACGGGUUCUAGAUGAUCUGGAAUGUCAUGGAGUUGCAGUUUCAGAACAAGGCCGAACAGAGUUGGAACAGAAAAUAGAUGAAGCUAGAGAAAAUAUUCGUAAAGCAGAGAUAAUUAAGUUGAAAGCUGAAGCCCGGCUGGACCUACUAAAGCAGAUUGGUGUUUCCGUGGACACAUGGCUAAAGAGUGCAAUGAACCAAGUGAUGGAAGAACUGGAAAAUGAGCGAUGGGCCCGCCUUCCUGCAGUGACCAAUAAUGGAACGUUACACUCGCUUAAUGCAGAUACCGAAAGAGAAGAAGGAGAAGAGUUUGAAGACAACAUGGAUGUUUUUGAUGACAGCAGUUCCAGCCCUUCUGGCACCUUAAGAAAUUAUCCACUCACCUGCAAAGUUGUUUAUUCCUAUAAGGCUUCUCAACCAGAUGAGUUGACCAUUGAGGAACAUGAGGUGUUAGAAGUGAUUGAAGAUGGAGAUAUGGAAGACUGGGUAAAGGCUCGAAAUAAAGUCGGCCAAGUGGGUUAUGUACCAGAAAAGUACCUACAGUUUCCCACCUCGAACAGUCUGCUGAGCAUGCUGCAGUCCUUGGCUGCUUUGGACAGUCGGUCACACACAUCCAGCAAUUCCACGGAGGCCGAACUCGUUUCAGGCAGCCUCAACGGAGAUGCCAGUGUCUGUUUUGUGAAAGCACUUUAUGACUACGAGGGCCAGACAGAUGAUGAAUUAUCUUUUCCUGAGGGAGCAAUCAUCCGAAUCUUGAACAAAGAAAACCAGGAUGAUGAUGGCUUCUGGGAAGGGGAAUUCAAUGGGCGGAUUGGAGUUUUCCCAUCAGUGCUAGUGGAAGAACUUUCAGCCUCAGAAAAUGGUGACACUCCAUGGAUGCGAGAGAUUCAGAUCUCUCCCUCCCCCAAGCUGCCCGGCUCCCUGCCUCCACUGCCACUGUAUGACCAGCCUCCUAGUAGCCCUUACCCCAGCCCAGAUAAGAGGAGCUCCCAGUACUUCCCCCGCUCUCCUUCAGCAAAUGAAAACAGCUUCCAUGCCGAAUCGCCAGGAUUCUCACAGGCAUCCAGACAUACUCCUGAGACCUCAUAUGGGAAACUACGACCUGUCCGGGCAGCUCCCCCUCCACCUACGCAGAACCACCGAAGGCCAGCAGAGAAGAUCGAGGAUGUGGAAAUCACACUGGUGUGAUGAUGGCUUUGCCCGUCCGUUACUGCUACAAUCAAGGCCAGGCUUAGAGUUUGGCCAGUCUUGUUUUUUAGGCACCUUUGCAUGAUGAUGACUCGAACAGAGCAAAAACAAGGAGGAUUAUAUGUGACUGGGUGGCCUGGUAGACUCCUCCCAUGUUUUGAAUAUUUUGUGCCUUUUUUUGUUGUCAUUUUCUAUGUCAUCUCUCCUACCACAGCACAAAUCCUAGAGGGCCCUAGAAGCACAGAGGGGGACAGCCCUCUUGCCUAACAGUGGCCCGUUUUUGUAUGAGACUCAAGACCAGGCCUCGAUCAGGGCACAGUCACAGAGAUACUGAUCAUGUGCACUCGUACAGUAUAUUACUGUGGCCACAAGGAUGUGGCAAAGAUUCUCAUCUUUCUUCAAGUGGCUUCUGCUCAUCUGAUUGAGUUUAAUCAGAUCACAUUGGCUACAUAAGGAAGCAGGAGGAGGGAUUUCAGGAGAGGCUGGCUCCUCCCCGCAGUUAGUCCCCAAAUUGAGAAACUGAAACCGUAUUGGAAAAAAAUGGACUGCCCUGAGUUUAGCACCAAUUGCAUUAAUGCACAUCUCUUCCACAACUAACAGAUUUAAAACAAUAACAGUGUCCUUUGUAUUAAUAUUUAUGCCAUUCAUUUAGUAUUAGUGGAGCUAACAUGGAGGGGCUGAACUAGUAGCCGAAUCUCAUCCCAUCACAUAGACUAAUAGAAAGGAGGCUGUGGCAAAAGCAGAAAUGGAGCUUCCAGAUCUGAAAUGAGCCAAUUUAAUGUUCUUUUUAUAUUUGGGUAUUUUUCAUUUUAAUUUUUGCAGCAUAUACUAUUCUGACCAGUAUCCUUAGAAUCUGAACGUCUAGAUAAACUGGGGACACAUACUUGCCUUGUCGAGCUUCUCUACUGGGGAGGCCUCUAGCAUUAUUUUAUUCCCAAGCCAGUCCACUGGCCCAGGCAGCCACCCACCACAUAAAAUGCAGCUUCCCAGGUCCAACUGACCUGACAUUUCCUUGGGAGGAAGAACCUGUGGCUCAUGGAAACCAGCUUCCUGUGAAGGACUAAAGGAUUCCACAGGUGCAAAUUGACAGGUUCUCCACGUCACAGGGAGAGCCAGGAGUAGCCUUCUCUGCAGGCUAACAAACCCAUAGCCGCAGGCGUCCCAGAGUAGGCCUCCGGCGGCCCUCCACCUCCUAUGGAAGAUAGGGAGUGCAUUGCUUAGGGACUAAGGGAUGUUUGCCAGUUGCUUUUUUUUUUUUUUUUUUAAAUCAAAUUUGUAGAAUUUAAUUCGAAAGUUGUCUUACGCUUUGAAAAUGCCAUCCCUCCUAAGAAUCUAAAAACGUGAAAUGCUCGCCAAAUGUCCCCAUGGGAUUUUUGACCAAAAGUAAGGUCAGAGCUGAAGAAAUUUUCAGUUAGUCAUUUGAUCACUUCAGUGACAGUACCCAUUGAUGAAUCUUCUCCGUGAUUUGAGGAUUUUUGUUUUUGUUUUUUGCUUCUUAACCUGUUGAUCUAUUUGAGGUCUUUUUGUGUUUAUCAAACUUAUUCUUAAGUUUAAAAAAAAUUUAAAGGGUGGGUUUUUUUUUUUAAGAUUUUAAAGUUUGUUGACAAGUUUAAAAUCUUCAAAGCACUUUAGAAAUCUUCAAAGUGCUGAAAUCAGGCAAUUCUUGCCACCCAGUCUUGUAUUCUCUCUUUAGCUAGCAAAAUUGUCCUUGAAUCUGGGUUUUCCACAUUCUCAGAGGGUUAUUUGAAAUCUUUUGUUAUAUUUUAAAAUAUUUUUUGGAAGAGCUGCUAAUUUUAUUUUAAAAAUACAAAGUUGUAAAAAUAUGCCUCCUUUUUAAAAAGAACCCCUCCCUCCAGGACAUGUAAUCCAGUGUCACAGUGCACACGGCUGGGCUCAGAGGAAGCGCCUCUGUGCAGAUGUGCUUUCUUUACAGUGGCUGUAAAAACUUUGUAUUUAUUAUGUAUAAAAUGUUGAAUAAUAAAAAAAUGGAAUUAA